AUGGAAUCCGCAACGGCGGCCGUCCGCAGCGCGUCGCUCGCGCGGGCCCGGUCCGCGCUCGUCUACGGGGGCGCGCGCGGGGCGCGCCGCGUCGUGGGCGCUGGCCCCGCCGCCGCGCGCGCCCGGCGGAGGGCGCUCGUCGCCGUAGCCUCCCACCACCAGGAGCACCUCGAGCCGCUCCCGUCGCGCGUGCAGGAGGGCGGCGCCGUGGCGGUGGCGACCACCCAGGCUGACGAGGCGGAGAUCCAUGCGAAUGACGCUGCGGCGGCAGCGGCGGCUGCUGAAACCUCGUCUCCCCAACUGGGUAAGACGGUGCGUGUCCGAUUUGUACUGCAAAAGCAGUGCACGUCCGGCCAGAGCGUCUGCCUCGUCGGCGACGACCCUGCGCUCGGCCUCUGGGAUCCGUUGAAUGCGUUUGCUUUGAAGUGGGCGGAGGAAAGCCACGACUGGAUCUUAGAGAAAGAUUUACCGGCCAACAAACCGAUUGAGUUCAAGUUCUUGCUGCAAGAUUCCACAGGGAAGUUGCAUUGGCAGGAUGGGCCGAACAGAAGCUUUCAGACAGGUGAAACCGCAAACACAUUGGUUGUGUUUGAAGAUUGGGAUGAUGUGAAGAAUCAGAGAAUAGCAGAAGAGGAGGGAGUGGCGUCUACUGGGAUAGAGCAAACUGUUGUUUCAAAUGACAGCAAAAGCAGAAAGGAUACUGUUUUAGAGGAUGAGCUCCAAGCGGAUGAUAAUCGAGUCAAAGAAGAUGAAUCUGUUGUUGCCAAGGAGGACAAGGAGCCAGCGGUUGGCACAGAUGCUUCUGUUCAAGUAGAUUGGGUGAAGAGAAACGAAGCUAACCUUCAAAAGUCAAUGCUGCAGGAGGAAAUGGAAAUUCUAGACGAACUUCUUGGAAAAGAAAACAUGAAGAACAGCAGUAUUUCGAGUACUGAUGAGAAUUAUGCUGAAAAAACUGGAGGAGAUAAUAUCUUGUCUGAGGAUGGUGUUCCGGUUGAGAAUGGGUUGGCCACUGCUUAUGAACAUGAUUUGCUUUGGGGUUGGAAGGCCCUGCAGCAGCUGAUGAUGAGCCUGGGCUUCAAAAUGGAUACAACAUGA